AUGGCUGGGUACGGAUUGAAAAACAAAGUUAGUAUAACCUCUCUGUCGAUUAAAAGUAAGUCAUCUCUCCUUAGUUGUGUUUUCAUUUGCUCUCAAUUUCAUUUUCGUUGCUCUCAAUUUCAUUUUCAUUGCUCUCUUCGCCAUCUCUCUUCACUGUCUCAAUUUCAUUUUCAUUUUUUAGGGUUUACUGAUAAUUUGAAUAUCUUUUCAACAUGCAAAUUGGAGGACAUGAACAUGAAUGAAGCAUAUGAGAAGGUGGCAGUAGAAUUGGCUGCACAAGGAGUCAUUGGAAAAAGAGUGGAUGAGAUGGAAGCAGGGUUUAUGAUGGCCCUGGAUUACAUGAUUCAAGUUGUUGAAAAGGACUGAGAUGAUCAGGUAAUUUUUAAAGUCGGAUUGCUACAUUUUCUGCACUUUUUAUUGUCAGUAUAUUUGCAUUAUCUAUCAAUGUGAUCAGAUUAAAUAUAUGCAAGUUAGUUUUGGAAUAA